CUCGUUCCAAAACCCUAACCCUAAUUCGCUGCGGAUCGAGAGAGGGAGAGAGAAAACACCAAAAAUGAGUCGAGCGGCGGCGGCAAAGGGCGGGAAGAAGAAGGGGUCGAGCUUCGUGAUCGACUGCGCGAAGCCGGUCGAGGAUAAGAUCAUGGACAUCGCCUCGCUGGAGAAGUUCCUGCAGGAGCGCAUCAAGGUCGCCGGCGGCAAGGCCGGAGCUUUCGGCGACGCCGUAACCAUUGCUCGAGACAAGAGCAAGAUCACCGUCACCUCGGAGGGCCCCUUCUCCAAGAGGUAUUUGAAGUAUCUUACAAAGAAAUACCUGAAGAAACAUAAUGUGCGGGAUUGGUUGCGUGUCAUUGCAUCAAACAAGGAUCGCAGUGUCUACGAGCUUCGGUACUUCAACAUUGCAGAGAAUGAGGGCGAGGAGGAAGACUGAGUGCUUUCCUUUUCUUGUUUCUGUUUGUCAUUGUAGUUUGUUCUGAGGUCUUAGUACUUUGUGAUUUGGUUUUAAAGAACUGGUAAGUAGAUCUCCGUUUUAUCUUGGCAUGAGUAGUUAUGGUGAGAAUUUUGAAUUCAAGGUUAUAUUAUUAUUCCAAACCCUGGAGCAUGUCCCUACGUGUUUCUCGGAUAAUAUUAUGCUCUAAAAUUUGGUUUUUC